UCCGGGUAAAGCAGCCAUUUUGUGGUGUCGUUGUGGCAUUAUACAUUCUUCGCCUGGAUUCGUCUAUUUUACAUGGGAGUAUUGCUUUUUGUUGUGAUUGAUAACUUUUCAAGUUGAUUUGAAACAUAAUAUUUUUAUAUUUAUUUUUAAUAUGGAACAAGACGUCGAUACGGGUUACAGAACUUUAUGUUGCACUUGCCUGAGCUCGGAUCGGAAUGUAACAUCUAUAAACGGUCUAACACAAAUAUAUCAAAUGUUCAGAUUAAUGAUGUACGAUUUCGCGGGUGAUAGAUUCGGUGACUCUCUUAUUGAGCGAGAUCAGUUAGUCUGUUGGGAAUGUUUGGCUCUGAUGAAGAAGUUCGCGCGUUUCAAGCGGCAGGUUCACAGCGCUCAGGAACACUUGAGGGUGCUGGCUAUGAGCCACUCGCAGGAAGUAGGUUUGGCUAUGGACCACACGUAUAUGUCCCAAUCAUUGUCGUCAUUGGAAUGCGUGAUCAAGACCGACUUUGAUCAGAUCUUAGUCGACUACAACUUGCAAGAAAAGGACUGGCCGCAGUACAUAGCGAUUAAUGGAGAGGAGAAUGUUAAAAAUGAGGGUUACGAUGUAGCACAGGCUUUGAGAGACCACAUAACAUUGAGUAUUGACGACCAGGUCAACGUUAUGGGCGUUCCGGAACUAGUUUUGGAGAAUCCGGUGACCGGUGUGAUGUCACACAUCGUGGUCAAUGCCGGAUCUCUGACCGAUUACAGCAGUGUCAAGAGGGAAAUGCCAGAACUGACCAUAGAUCCCACAAUAAAGCCUGAUACAGUGAUAAUAAGCCAGAAUCCAAGAAAUAGUCCGAGGAAGGAGAAAGCUGAUCUCAAAAGCAAAUAUACUAAGGAGCUUAUGACUGAUGAGGAAAUGCUCGCAUUGAGAGAGGAAGCCAAGCAGAAAGUGCAAUACGUGAGCUCUGUGUAUAAAUGUGAACUGUGCAUCAUAGGAUUCUACACGCAGCAGCAGGUGGAAGAUCACUUCGUGGCUAUGCACAGAGAGAAGCCGGGUUACGUACCGUGUAAAGUAUGUUUCGUAUAUACACCGGAGAACAAGGUGGACGAACACACGGACACGCACUACAGCAGGUACACGUGCAAGAUGUGCAGCCGGCGGGAGACCAGCCUCAAGAUGAUGAUGGUGCACCUCAGGGCCCACGAGAACAGGACGCCCAGGGCGCUCAUACAGAUAGACGGGGAGAAGAAGAGCAGAAAGAGGAAAAACACUAAGUGUGAUGAAGAGGAAAAAUCACCUCCGAAGCCGGGAGACCUCAGGAAGCUACUGUCCAAGACUACUAUAGUCGGCUACAAGUGUUUGGAAUGUGACAUGUUCUUUAAAAAUUCAAGGGCACGCAAGAACCACGUGGAUAGAUUCCACCGGGAGGGUCUGCAGUGUGAUCAUUGUAAGAAGAGAUUCGUUAACAGGACCACUCUCGCCACGCAUUUGAGACUCCACGAAGGCCCGCUGCCCCGCGAGGAGUGCCCCAUCUGCCACAAGAUGGUCCGCACGAUACAGAUCAAGUACCACAUACAGAGGCAUCAGAGCACCACCAAGUACGAGUGCAGAGACUGCAACAAAAUCUUCUCCCACCUGGCGACCUAUCAGGCGCAUCUGAAGUUCUCGAGGGCCCACGCAUCCGAUCAAGUUUUUAAAUUCCCGUGUCCCAUGUGCAACAAGGGCUAUCCGACAAAACAGGCUAUGCAGGACCACUUCAACUAUCAGCACCUCAACAAGACAACGCACAAAUGUCCCAUAUGCAGUAAGCCGAUAGCAUCCAAAGCGAAUGUUGAGAAACACAUGAUGAGGGUCCACGGAGAGAAGAAAUCUAAGCCCAGGAAGCAUGUGUGUCAGAUGUGUGGCAAGGGGUUCACGGACAAGAAAGCCUUAACUCAGCACGAGGUCAUCCACUCCGGGGAGCGGCCUCUGUCUUGUGAUAUUUGCCAGCAGACGUUCAAACAGAAGGCGUCCCUGUACACACACAAGAAACGAGUCCACAAAGUAUUCCCAGCUAAGAGAGUUGUUGAAUUUAUGGACAACGGUGAAAAUAAUACCUAGUGUCGGUCUAGACUGGUCUGGGUCGGUCUAAGCUAGUCUAUGGACCUAUUUAUAGUCUAUGGCACACAGUGGCAAAUAUACAUUACAAAGGAAUAUUAACUAACAGCAUUCUCGAGUGAUUUUCUCCUAUUUUUAUGUACAUAUAAUUAUUCAAACUCCAUAUAGUUUACAUUGUAUGAGUGAACUUACUUUUAGUCCGGACUCCCCUGUUAAUAGACCAUCAUAUCUUGAACCGCUUAUACAUUGAAUUAGUAAGCGAAUGAAGCUCAGUAUUUCCGUCAGGUAAUAUUAAAAUAUAUACGUCAUAGCAAUAGCAUGAAGGCUCUGUUGAUCGUAUGUUGUAUGCUCACGAUUUUAAUCAAAAUCUUAUAUAUUUCUUGUAAACCUGUAACAGUUCUAAGCCUAAAUUUGGCUCAGUCUCUAUAUAAAUAAGAAUUUUUAAUGAACACGCGAAGUAUGUAUGUACUUUUUGUUCCGCUGGAAUAACGCAACUUUGUUUUGAUGCAAACUUCCUUAAUUUAUAUAUGUACAUUGUUUGGAUGACAGUGAGUUGUCAGAUGACGUCACAGAUCCAAAAUGGCGGAACACAAGAUGGCGGACUCGAUUUUAAUAACGGGCUCACGAUACAAAAAUAAGUAAAAAAAAUAUCUUAAAUAAGAAUCUCACGAGGAUUUGACUGACGUCUAAUUAUGUUUGUUUAUCCCGAAAAAACUACUAAACCGAAAUGAAUUGUUCGCUGUGUACAAAAUGGGAGUGAUUUUACAUCAUGUAAAAGUAAGUUUUAACUAACUAUGGCAGCAAUACGAAGUUAUAUGUGUUUUACAAUUAGGUUAUUUAAGGAUAAUAUUGUGAUAUAUAAUGUUUAAUAAAAUUUUAUACUUA